AUGGCCGGGAGCUCAGAGAAAGUACCGAUCGCCUCGGCGGGACCAGAGGACCUGCAGCAGUUCAUGCCUCCGGCCUACUCCGCCGUGGCGGUCAAGCCCGCCGCCACCGGCCGCCUCCUGAAGGCCGGGAUCGCGGUGCUCAUCGCCGGAGCCCUGCUGCUUCUGCUGGGGGCAGUCGGAGCUUUCUACUUCUGGAACAACAACGAAAAACACGUCUACAAUGUCCACUACAGCAUGAGCAUCAAUGGCAAAGUGGAGGAGGGUUCAAUGGAAAUCGACACAACCAAUAACAUGGAGAGAUUCAGCACCAGCAGCGGGGCGGACGAGGCCGUGGAGGUCCAUGACUUUGAGAUUGGGAUCACAGGGAUUCGGUUUUCAGGGGGAGAGAAGUGCUACAUCAAGACCCAGGUGAAGGCUCGUCUGCCUGAUGUGGAGACUCUCAACAAGGACUCGAUGACAUUCGACCUGGAGGACGAGGUGAUGCCGGCCAAGUUUGAGGACGAUCUGAUCUGGGUGGCAGCUGACACACCCCUCUCGGACUCCGCCUUCCUCAGCAACAAGAUCAAGGACCUGUGCGGAGACCUGCCAAUCUUUUGGCUUCGCCCCACCUACUCCACCAGCGGACAGAGGAAGAAGAGGGCCGUCCCCCGCCAGCGCCGCCAGGCAGCCGCGGCCGGGGAGGAGGAGGAGGAGGAGGACGUGGAGGCAGAGUUCAACCCGGAGAACCCCUAUCAGAGAGGUCUCGAGGGCGAGCAGGGCAACAUGAACAUCGACCCCAUGCUGGACCACCAGGGUGUGUGUUGCACCGAGUGCCGCCGCAGCUACACCCACUGCCAGAGGAUCUGUGAGCCGCUGGGAGGCUACUACCCGUGGCCGUACCACUACAGAGGCUGCAGGGUGGCCUGUAGAGUUAUCAUGCCCUGCAACUGGUGGGUGGCACGCAUCCUGGGUCUCGUGUAG